UAAAUCCACGGCGCAUCAGACUACCGGUGCACAGUUCGCCGCUGAGCUCGAGGCAGACGGAGUGAGUCCGCUAAAACUGAACGGUUUGACUCCGACAUGUGUUUUAUGUGACUUUCAGUAACAACUGCAGUUUGUCUUUAGCUGAAUAACGCGGUCAUCUCCACUGCUCGGAGCGCUUUAGGGACACUUGUUCCCGUGUUUUCUCCAAACUGACGGGACAUCUCGACACUGGACGGACUUCAGCUGAACUCAAAGAUGUCAAUUUUGCCUUUCACUCCCCCCAUCGUCAAAAGACUUUUGGGCUGGAAGAAGGGAGAACAGAACGGCCAGGAGGAGAAAUGGUGCGAAAAAGCGGUGAAAAGCCUGGUGAAGAAGCUGAAGAAGACGGGACAACUGGAUGAACUGGAGAAAGCCAUCACCACCCAGAAUAUCAACACGAAAUGCAUCACCAUACCGAGAUCUUUGGAUGGCCGUCUUCAGGUUUCCCACAGAAAAGGUCUUCCCCACGUCAUCUACUGCCGUCUGUGGCGCUGGCCCGACCUGCAGUCCCACCACGAGCUGCGGGCGGUGGAGCUGUGCGAGUACGCCUUCCACACGAAGAAGGAUGAAGUGUGUGUCAACCCAUACCACUAUCAGAGAGUAGAGACACCAGUGCUCCCACCAGUGCUGGUCCCCAGACACACAGAAAUCCCUACUGAGUUCCCACCUCUGGAUGACUACAGCCAUUCAAUCCCUGAAAACACCAACUUCCCUGCUGGCAUUGAGCCCCAGAGCAACUACAUACCAGAAACACCACCACCAGGCUACCUCAGUGAGGAUGGAGAGACCAGCGAUCACCAGAUGACCCACAGCAUGGACACAAGCUCCCCAAACCUGUCACCUAACCCAGUUUCACCCACACAUAAUAACUUAGACCUCCAGCCAGUGACAUACUGUGAGCCGGCCUUCUGGUGCUCCAUUUCUUACUACGAGCUGAACCAGCGAGUCGGAGAGACCUUCCACGCCUCACAGCCCUCACUGACAGUGGAUGGCUUUACUGACCCGUCCAACUCGGAGCGAUUCUGCCUGGGCCUUCUGUCCAAUGUCAACCGCAAUGCAGCCGUGGAGUUGACACGCAGACACAUUGGUCGUGGCGUCAGACUGUAUUACAUUGGAGGAGAAGUGUUUGCCGAGUGUCUCAGCGACAGCGCGAUCUUUGUGCAGAGCCCCAACUGUAAUCAGCGAUAUGGAUGGCACCCUGCCACGGUCUGCAAGAUCCCUCCAGGAUGUAACCUAAAGAUCUUCAACAACCAGGAGUUUGCUGCCCUGCUCGCGCAGUCAGUCAACCAGGGCUUUGAGGCUGUUUACCAGCUCACCAGAAUGUGCACCAUCCGCAUGAGCUUCGUGAAGGGCUGGGGAGCCGAGUACAGGCGACAGACGGUGACCAGCACCCCCUGCUGGAUCGAGCUGCACCUCAACGGCCCCCUGCAGUGGCUGGACAAGGUGCUCACACAAAUGGGCUCCCCAAACAUCCGCUGCUCCAGCGUCUCUUAGGGAGACCCUUCACCUACUCAUUUCCUGUCAGUGACUAAAAAUACACAGACUGCAUGCGGACGAGAACAGCUACACAAGUACUGAAAGAUGACGAGCCCCCCCCCUCAUUCAGCCACUGUUUCUUUGUUCUUCCUCCCCACCAGCUGUCAGUAGCACUUUUUUUUUUUAUAUACUUGUUUAUUUCAAAAGGGGACAAGUGCAUUAAACCAGUUAAAUGUUAGAAGGAUCUCCACAUUGUGUCCAGAGUUUGAUGGCAGUGUUUAUCGUUGGCGUGUAAAGGACAGAGAAGCUGAUGUAACAGUUUCUUCCUGGCUGUUCUCUUUUGUUUAAACAUCACUCUUAUGAAUUUGUUCAUGUUUUUUACAGAUGUUAAAGCAAACUUCAGAUUAAAAAAAAAAAAGUUUUAAUUUUUUUUUUAAGCAUUAAUCUUGAAUUUGUAAAUCAUGUUAAAUGCAUUUUCCAUGAUUUUUGUUUUUGUGUUUGGGCAUUGAAUAGUUUAUGAAGAUGUUUUCAGAUGUGACCCAGUGAGAGGGAUUGACAUGAGUCAUAUAAUGGGAAUGGUCAACCAUCAUUUGUAAACGCAGUGUGAAGGAAGAGGAAUAUUUGUUUAGGUUUUCAGACUUUAAGCUGCCAGUGUUUGUCUGUCCGGGUGAAUAACAGGAUGUUUUAACUGCACAGUCGAGCUUCAGAAACAAGAGAGAAAGCAAAGCAUCAGUCAAAUGGAGGGUUAAACUUGCUGUUCUUUAUCAGAUGCUGAUUUGAACCGUUGCCCGAUUUUACUCAGAAAGCAAUUUGAUGCUUGAGGAUACACGUAAACUCAGACAGUAGUUACAUCUCUUUAGAUCCUUACAUGUGGAAUCAUUCAGGAUGAUGCACUUUUGUAAAAUGUUGACGCUCUUGUAAAGUGAUGUUGCAGCAGCUGCAGUUGUGCUUGUCAGUGAACUAUGUCCUGCAUUGGUUUCAGAAAGCUUUGCCAAUUUGUAUUGAAUUGUGUAACACAAACUGACUUGAAAACCUCUCACAUACUGUACAUUUCUGCAUCGUUAAAGGGGACCUGUUAUGCUCAUUUCUGGCUUCAUGUUUUUAUUGUUGAACUCGCAGGUCAAAAGAAUCCUCAUUUAUCUCACUCUGAGCCUUCGUCGGGAACAAACUGUUUUAGCUCCUCUCCUUUUUAAAGUCAGUUUUCUUCUGAUUGGCCACCUGUUGCAAACAGAAGGUCUCAGCAGCAGGUGGGUGGAGAGUCAGAACUGUGUGUUUGAGAUUACCAUAUUCGGGAUGUCUGCUUUCAUUAGCAUCAUACAGAGCUGAAUGUAGAAAAAAAAGUGGGACUGACUCACAGGGCUUACUUGUACAUAUGCUGACAUGUUCUGAAGCAAUGGCCAUGUUUAAUAACAGCAUACAGUACUGUAUGAGUGUCUGUAUAACAGAAAAUAAGGAAAAACAUAAUAGGUCCCCUUUGAAUUGCAGAUUGAACACACACUUGUGUGUGUGUGGUAUGAGUACUCUACAGAAGGCUGUAAAGUGCAAGGAGAGCAAAGGGAUGCCUUUGCUUUUGCUGAUGUUCCCUCUCAGCCAUCCAUAAAAUUGGUCUCAUAUUUAGCCAUGCUGACUUUGUGCACUCAGGACUGUAAAAGAAGAAGAAAAAAAACAUGAGCUGAAUAACAUUCAGAAACCAAUGUAAAGGACAGAUGCAUGACUUUUGAGACUUCAGUCUAUUUUGCUAUCAGUUAGUUUUGUAAGACCAUAGGGUGAUAACUUUGUCCGCUCCACGUGUUUUUGCAUGACAGAAAAUAACUGCUGGGGGUACUAACCUUGUAUUUUUUUUAACCAGGUGGGAUGAGACGGUUUAAGUACAAAGCACGGCUUUUUAUAAAGGGAAAUGUUUCAAUAAAUAAGAGGCAUGUAAAUACCAAUAGCUUCUCAAAAAUCCCUAUUUUUUUUAGGCCUGUACAUAUAGUAUAUACAUGUGUUGUGAUAAUGUGGCCAUUAACCUUUAUAAUGUUGAUGGUUUUGGAAAAAGAAGAAAAACUGAUCAAAAAUUGAAGAAAAACUGAUGGGGAAAAGCUAUCACAGGAAUAGACAGUCAUAGCUUUAGUCCUGUUUCAGCCACCCGCUGUGAUGGAAGUGGAACGAUUUCCUUCUUGUUCUAAAACUAGACAAAAACACAGUGGGUGAGCAUGAAAACUAUUUCCAAUCUUUUGCUUAGUUAAAUUAACCCGGCUCUUGAUGUUAACGGCAGCCCAGUGGUGCUAACGUUUUAGGGACUCGAGUAAGCAACAAAGCCCUGAGAUUUUACCAUUAACAAUGGUAGAUUUUGAUCGCUUUGAAAGGAUGAUGACUUUUAAACCUGCAAACUUUAGUGGGGUGGUUUCAGAAACAGUAGCAUCUACCAAUCUGAAACGAGCCAGCUCUUUGUAGAGCUUCUAGUGCCCUUGAAUGCAGCGGUCCUGAUUCUGAUGGGCUCAUAGUCUUUGUAACUACCCAGUAGGGAAUAUUUUUAAAGCAAAUGUCAUUUUUAUACAUUCUGCAAGUCGUAGUGCUUGUCUUUUUUUUUUUUUUUUUUUUUUAAAUCCCCUUUGUUCAAAUUGUUCCCUGUAAUCGGUAUUAUUAGUUGUGAUUUAUGCUUCUGUGCUCUGAAUUGGUCUUUUUAGAUGUCUUGUAUAAAAAUUGUACCCUUUUAUUUUUCUCUGCCUAUAAAGAGUUGAUGUGAUGCUUUA